AUGGCCUCUCAUCACAUAACGGCAGAGAAGCGCGCCAGUGUCGACGCCGAAGAUGUCUCUAGGAAGAAGGCAAAGAAGGCCGAGGAUGCUGGUGCUAGGUACAACCCGUACCUCGCACACAUGAACCAAGACGACAAUGGCAACGGCUGCGAUGCAUUCGAUGACAUGAAACGCCAUCAGACGACAGCCGCGCAAGCCGCCAAGGCCGAAGAUAUGGCGAAUAAUCCCUUCACCGGAAAACCACACUCCCAGCGGUACUUUAGUAUCCUCGAAACUCGCCGAGACUUGCCCGUCCAUAAGCAGCGGCAAGAAUUCCUCAAUAAAUAUCACUCGACCCAGAUUCUUGUCUUUGUUGGUGAGACCGGUUCCGGAAAGACAACUCAGAUCCCUCAGUACGUUGUUUGGGAUGAGCUACCCCAGCAGACCGGCAAGCUCAUUGCUUGUACGCAACCCCGUCGAGUCGCCGCCAUGUCCGUUGCGCAGCGUGUUGCCGACGAAAUGGACGUUACUUUGGGCGAAGAGGUCGGCUACAGCAUACGAUUUGAGGACAUGACGGGCCCCAAGACCAUCCUCAAGUACAUGACGGACGGUAUGCUUCUGCGCGAGGCGAUGCAUGACCACGACAUGUCCCGGUACAGCUGCAUCAUACUCGACGAAGCGCACGAGAGAACGCUGUCUACCGAUAUUCUCAUGGCUCUGCUGAAGCAAAUCUCAAUGCGGAGAUCGGAUUUGAAAAUCAUCAUCAUGUCUGCCACUCUGGAUGCCCAGAAGUUUCAACGGUACUUCAACCAAGCACCUCUGCUCGCCGUCCCUGGACGAACCCACCCUGUCGAGAUUUUCUACACGGCAGAGCCGGAGAAGGAUUAUGUGGAGGCGGCCAUCCGAACAGUUCUCCAGAUCCAUGCGUCCGAGCCGGAGGGCGAUAUCCUGCUUUUCCUAACGGGAGAGGAUGAGAUCGAGGAUGCCUGUCGAAAAAUUGCGCUAGAGGCGGAGGAGUUGACCAGAGAGGUUGACUCCGGACCCCUCGCCGUCUACCCGCUCUACGGUACGCUACCGCCUCACCAGCAGCAGAAGAUCUUUGACAAGGCGCCCCCCCCACUCCGCAAAGGCGGACGUCCUGGUCGCAAAGUCAUCAUAUCGACCAACAUUGCCGAGACGAGUUUGACAAUCGACGGAAUUGUCUACGUCGUCGAUCCCGGCUUCAGCAAGCAAAAGAUUUACAACCCUCGAAUUCGAGUCGAGUCGCUUCUCGUUUCGCCUAUAUCCAAAGCCUCAGCACAGCAACGUGCCGGUCGAGCAGGACGUACGAAGCCAGGCAAAUGCUUCAGACUUUACACAGAACAGGCCUUCAAGAAGGAGCUCAUUGAACAGACGUACCCUGAAAUCCUCAGGUCGAACCUCGCCAACACGGUUCUCGAGCUCAAGAAGCUGGGCGUCGAGGACCUCGUCCAUUUCGAUCUAAUGGACCCGCCAGCGCCUGAGACGAUGAUGAGAGCACUGGAGGAGCUCAACUAUCUCGCUUGUCUCGAUGACGAAGGCGAGCUGACGACGCUGGGAAGUCUCGCCUCGGAGUUUCCUCUGGACCCGGCUCUAGCCGUCAUGUUGAUCUCGUCGCCCGAGUUCUACUGCUCCAACGAGAUUCUUUCCAUCACAUCCCUCUUGUCUGUUCCUCAGAUAUGGGUCCGGCCGGCGAACAACCGCAAGCGAGCGGACGAGAUGAAGGCGCAUUUCAGCCACCCAGACGGAGAUCACCUGACGUUGCUGAACGCCUAUCACGCGUUCAAGGGUCAAGAAGCGGCUGAUCCAAGCAGCGCCAAGACAUGGUGCCAUGAACACUUCCUCUCCUUUCGGCAUCUAUCCAGCGCCGACAGCGUGCGGACGCAGCUGAAACGGAUCAUGGAUACGCACGGAUUGGACCUGGUGUCGACACCGUUCGAGGACAAGAGCUACUACACCAACAUUCGUCGCGCCCUCCUCGCCGGCUUUUUCAUGCAGGUGGCCAUGAAGGAGAGCUCUGGCAAGAUUUACCGAACGGUGAAGGACGACCAGGCCGUUCUGAUACACCCCUCGACCGUGCUGCGUACCGAGUUCGACUGGGUGCUCUACAAUGAGUUUGUCCUGACCUCCAAGCAGUACAUCCGCACAUGUAUCGGAAUCCGUCCGGAGUGGUUGCUCGAAAUCGCACCGACGUACUACGAUAUCAAUACGUUCGAGUCUGGAGAAAUCAAGCGAUCUCUCACUCGGGCGGCGGAGAAGAAGCGACGAAAGGAGGCGAUGAAAGCAGGUCGGUGA